CUUUCCGCUUGCUAACAAGCCUUCAGUCGCUUCACAGCACCACGGUGCAUAACAGUUACAGAAGAAAUUCAUUUUUAACUUGCGCACUCAAGCGCCCAGCAAACUUCACGAUCGCCAUCACAUCUCGGCCAGAUCAAUUCACUCACUCAGACGAACCAAGCACGUCCUACACGGCCUAUUCAAACGUGACUGCAGGAUGCACAGGCCCAUCACGCGUAAGUCGAUCAACGUGUCCUCCGACCACAAGCGGACAAGACGGCGAAGCACACCUACCACGCACGACACCAAACUAGCCCGUGAACCGCUGCAACCGACCAUGACCAAUGUAACACGGAGAGAAGUUACAAGUGGAGCUGAGUCACAUGCCCAGACAGUGGAAUCGGGCCAGCAUUGCGCGUUGUGUUCCGUUAAUCAUAGUCCGAUUACUGAGGCUAACAAGCACAACCAUCUGUCCGAGUCUGUUUCGUUCUGUCUUAACUGCACAACGGUUCCCAUAGUAAAAUGCGUAAUUGCUUUGUCGAAAGAUUACGACCGUCGGAUUGCAGAAGUAGAAUUACGUCUAAAUGAAAGAAUUAUUUCCUUAGAGGCUAUUAUAGCAAGGUUUGUAUCUCCACCAUCUCCCGUACUCACCGCCACUAAACCGAAGAAAAGAGCCAGACGUUCUCGCGAAAUCACAGCGGCGAAUAUCUUGGGAACCCCGAACCAAUCAGGCAUCACGUACGAACAAAACAUCCUCAGUUCCUCAGCCAUUCCGCCCUUAUCCAAAGCCUCAGUAAGAACCAGACUUCCGACUGACCAACAAAGUCUGAGUAUCUCUAAAGGCCAAUCAACUUACGCAGCGACUAUUGCUAGAGACACUGUAAACAAGACUUUAAGCACAAUAUCUGCGACAUGUGUAAAAGACCAAGCACGAAAUUCAGAGACUUGUUUUAGUCCAUCCAUCACGACGUCUCCCACAUUACCGAACACCAGGAGGAACUACGGUGCUCUAACACUCAUAUGCACCAACGUUCCUGAAUCUAAAGCAAAUUCUCUGAGAGGUAAGCAACAGGACGAUCUGAACCAGUGGAAUCUCAUUUGCGAUCGCAUAGGUGCUAGGGUCAAGCCGACUAACAUCACGCGUGUGACGAGACAUCCAAACUCCGCUCACUAUGGUGAGCCCAGAAUUCUGCGGAUAACACUGGCAUCCAUUGACGAUGUAGAGGCGGUGCUCUUAUCGGCAUAUCACCUCCGAGGUGAAGACAGUAAGAUCCGCAUCUUUCCGGAUGUUCCAUGGAGCGAACGUCAGCGAGAAAAAAACAAUUUAGACGAUCGCAACACGGCCAGCUGGCGAAAAACCAUUUUAGUUCAUGGUGUGCCCGAGCUACCAACAGCUAGGGACGAGGAGGCUCAUGCUCACGAUCUGGAAGAAUGGCGGUACAUCCGUGAAACUCUAUCUGCAGGUGACGUCAUCCUUCAGUCGAUUUCUAGACUGCCCGUUUCACCUCAUUACAAAGGUAAUGGUCCAAGGAUACUGAAACUUGUGGUUCAGUCCCAGCAGAUGGCGGCUAACUUAAUGCGUAACUGGCAUAAAAUGCACAAUGCACUGCCAUCAGAACUACGAUUUAAGGUACCAUUUAUUGAAUCGAAGCCACCGGAGGAUGUGACACCAUCUGUGGCUCAAUGUGAUAAAAUAAACGGAGCCGAAGACACUGCAUUAAGAUUAUCAACCACUGAAAACGACGCUAUUGAAGAGCGUUCUGCGUGUGCAGGAACGACGUUAGGUGGGCUGCAGGCCCGUGCAAAAUGUUCAUCGAUAAACUGCGCAAAAAACGAUCAGGUGCCGGCCUUUCAUCGGCCGGCUUAAAUCCAACUUCGUGUAAUCCUCCACAAGCUCUUUUGGUGCUCAAGCAGCUGUCCUGUAUGUACACUAAUGCUCAAAGUUUACUUAACAAACUACCCGAACUGCGACUACGUCAAAGGUCCAAAUCGUGUGACCUCGUCGCUAUAACGGAGACGUGGUUGCGCCCGGAUAUCACAGACACGGAGGUCGAGCUACCAGGCAUGUCCGUCGUUCGGCGCGAUCGAUCCAGUAAAGGGGGCGGGGUGGCUCUGUACUACCGCAGUGACCUCCAAUGUGAGCCCAUAGAAGACGUGUACAGUAACGUGCAGGAUACUCUUUGGUGUCGGCUGCGUUUAACAGGCAACGACGUCUGUCUGGUGGCGGUCGUUUAUCGACCUCCAUCCUCUACACCCGAGAUGGACUUCAAUCUCGCGUCUGCGCUGAGGCUUGUGAUCAGCAGGAGAUACAGCCAUAUUCUUAUCGCUGGUGACUUCAAUAUCCACGCUCUGGAUGUCCAAGCAACACCUACGGAACAGUUCAAAGCGGAUCUACAAGACCUUGUCUCCAGUUUUCCGCUUUAUGGCCAUAUCGACAAUCCCACCAGAUUCAGAGCAGCAGAAAGUCCGUCUAUCCUGGACCGGAUAUUUACCAACGAAGAACUCAUGGUCGAGAAAGUAAUCAUCGACGCUCCUUUGGGUUGCAGCGAUCAUGCAGUUUUACUAUUCGAUUAUAUAUGCUACGCAGAAUACCCUGCGGAUACUACACGGGAAAGCCGAGUUAUCAUACGGUACGAUGAGCUGGCUCGACUUGCAGAGACAGCCAACUGGAACUUUCUGACAGACGAAGUACCGACAAUCGCAUGGCCACAUUUCGUCAACCAAUUUAGCACUCUCGUCGAAGAGGCAUCCGAAACUAAGGUUGUCCACUCGAAGAAGACUGUUUCAUUUGUGCGAAGUAGGACACGGAAAUGUAUAGCAGUGAGGAACUCGGCCUGGCGGAUCUAUAAGGAACACCCGAGCACGGAGAGCUGGACGGCCUAUGCAAUUCAACGUAAUCAUUGCACUCAACUCGUUCGUGAGGAUAAACUGACAUACCAGCAGCACCUGACGGAGCGCAUGGUUUCGAAUCAUAAGCUGCUCUACCAACAUGUAAACAACCUGCGCAAGGUAAAACGGGGAAUCCCUCCUCUUCAAACGCCAGAUGGCAUGACGCUGACUACGGAGGAUGCGGCGAACGCCUUGCGGCUGCAAUAUGCUUCGAACUUUCAAUGCAUUCCUUGGUCAUCUAUUCCUUUGUCAGCAGCUGUUUUACAACCAAAACUUACGCACAUAACUUUCACGGCGGGGAUGGUAUUAAAGAAGUUGUUGUGUAUGCGUAAGCACAGCUCUCCUGGAAUCGACAACAUUCACCCUAAGUCCCUUGCGGUAAUGGGAGAAAGUUUAGCGGAGCCUCUGGCACGAUUCUUCCAACGCUGCUUCGAUCAGAUGUAUGUACCCGAGAUGUGGAAAUGUGGGAUCAUAACCCCAAUUCACAAGGGCGGUAGCCGUUCUGAUCCAGCCAACUACCGUCCUGUAACCCUUCUCCCGGUCCUGUCGAAGGUUAUGGAAGCUAUUGUUGCUGAUGUACUAACAGCCUAUCUAGAAGAGUCUGCCUUCCUUGCACAUGAACAGCAUGGUUUUCGACGGAAUCGAUCGUGCACCACAAAUCUGCUGCUAGCAAGAUCGAGUUGGACCAAAUUAAUUGACAGCGGUGCAGGAGUGGACGUGGUCUACCUAGAUUUCUCAAAGGCCUUUGAUCGACUAGACCACGGAAUCCUGAUCUGCAAACUUCAGAGCUUCGGCAUUGGUGAUCCGCUCCUAGGAUGGAUCACAAGCUUUCUUCUCCACCGGAGCUUAGAGGUAAAAGUGCGUGGGUCCCGGUCCCAUCCAAUCCAAGUCGAAUGUGGUGUACCACAAGGAUCGGUACUAGGGCCACGAUUGUUUUUGAUGUAUAUUGACGACAUAGCGGCCCUCAUUCUUUCCAACUGCCUACUCUAUGCCGACGACAUCAAGGUCUGGAGAGCGAUCAAUACACCCGACGACUCCGCAAUACUUCAAGAGGAUCUGGAUAAGGUGUAUGCGUGGUCAGUUCAGAACCAACUCCCAUUCAACACAGAAAAAUGCAGAGUAUUACACUUACGUCACCAAUCAGCAUUUUUCUAUAAACUGGGUGACCAUGUGCUUCACACAACUGCUGAGGAAAAGGAUUUAGGAGUCUUGAUUCAGUCCGACCUUGGUUGUUCAGCCCAGGCAAAGAAAGCAUCGAACGUGAGCAUUCGAAAUUUGGGCCUUCUCCGGCGCACAUUUGGACGCUUCGAUCCAUCCGUUUUUCACCAACUUCUAGGUGCAUACAUACGACCACACGUGGAGUAUGCAAUACAAGUCUGGCAGCCGUGGCUGAGGAAAGACCUCUCUGAUUUAGAGAAACCUCAACGACGCGCAACGAAGAACGUGAAAGGUUUAGGCCAGUUACGCUACGAAGACAGACUGAGAUCGCUCAGGAUAUUUAGUGGUCAAUAUCGAAGACUACGGGGAGAUUUGAUUUUGGCUUAUCAGAUUCUGACAGACCCCAAUCAUACCUGCCGCCAUCUGCUGGAGCUCAGUAACAACAACAACCUGAGAGGCCAUCAUCUGAAGCUGGCAGUGCAGUACAGCCGUUUGGAAUGUCGACGGAAUUUCUUUUCCGUGCGUGUUUGCCAAGCCUGGAAUGCUCUCCCAGAAUCUGUAGUCAGUGCACCCAACCUGAUCGAGUUCAAAAAUCGAGUUGAUAAUGCCCUCACUUCAUUGCACUAUCUCCCAUAGUACAGUCUAGUUUUGAGAGAUCCAAAAUCCAUACUUUAAAAAUAAUUUUCCCCCACGCAAAUUUCAACAGUGGAUGUAUAUUUGGACGCUUCAAACUCAAACACUUUGCGCCAUGCGAAUUUCAAGGAGCAGUGACUCUUUUAACCAAAUACUCCAUGCCUCAUGAUUCCCUCCGAGUUAUAGUGGAUUAUUAUUUUGACACUUCAAACUCGGUGAGUCCACAAGCUUGUAGUGACUCGUUGUUAAACGAUUUUACUGAAUUGGUUUCCAUUGAAUUUUCCACACUUCUAUGAUUUUCGCACUGAUCACCCUACGGGAUUUGUCAAGCUUUAGCUUUUAUACCCGCAUAAAUCCAUUGUUCCAUUGUUC